AUGGCGCGGGAGAGUCUGCGCGGGGUGGCUGGUGCCCGCUUCGCUGCAGACCGCCUGGUGCAGCGGCUGGCGCGCGAGCUGGCUGAGGCCCGGGGCGAGGCCGCAAGGCUCCGCGAGCUGCUCGAGGCGAAGGUCGACAGUGAGGGGGACCCCGAGGUGCUGCGGCGUGAGGCGAUCGCGAGGCCUGUCCUGGCGGCCCGCGUCGCCGGCAGACCCGAUGCCCCAGCAGCCAGGCGGCGGCGCAACGUGGCCUGGCACGCCGCUUCCUGCCCGCCGGCCGGAGCGGAGCCGGCCGCAUGGCGCAAGGCCGAGCGCGGGCCCCGCCUGGGAGCAGCUCCCAGGCCUGCUGGUGCUGCCCACGGCGGUGCCAGCCGUGAAGGGGCGGCGCGGCCGCCGCUGGAGAUACAGUUCGAGAUCUGCGUCGCCGAGCCCGCCGUGAAGCUCGGGCGACCAGCGGAGCCGAGGGCGAGCCUGCGGUCAUGCGCCCAGCCCUUCCGAUCGAGGCGCACGCCGCUGCGGAGCGGGGCCACGCCGUACGUGCCCUUCCGCCAGCUGAGCUGCGAGGAGACCGCCGAGGAGGUGCUCGCGGCUUUGGAUUUCUGGCCCCCGGCUCCCGUUGACAGGGCAGAGCCUGGCCCUCCCCGUGACGGGGCUUGGAAGGCAGACGUGGUGCAGGAGGGAGACGGCGCAGCUGCCCUCCAGGUGCCGUGUCGUGCCGAGAGGCCCCAGGUGGGCGGUGCUGCAGGCGCUGGAGCGCUGCCGCCGCCGCUGGAGCACCUGGGAGGCCCAACUCGAGAGCAGGGCGACAGCAGGCACGGCGAGGGCGAGAGCGCCGAGGGGAGCCAGGACAGCACGGUGUGCUCCGCGACCCUCUCUGCCACCACCGCCGAGCGCAACGAUGCUGUCACGCAGUACCUGCUAGACAACUAUGCUGCGCUCCUCCGAGGGGGAAUCGGAAGCGUCGAGCGCGAUGAGGACGUCGAAGGCUCCGUGGGCGGCGAUUGCAGUUCCUACGUCUCCUCCGUGUCAGGGGUCUUCAGGGACUACGGGCCUGUCCACGGCCAGUACCUCAUCGACGAGUUCUCCGACGGCAGCGAGCGCGCGGCCGAGUACGACCUCGAACGUGUCGCAUGGCUAGCCCAGGGCUCGCCGAGCUUCGCCGAGCAGUGCGCUCGGCUGGAGCGCAGCAGCCACUUCGGAGAUGAGUUCGAGUGA